UUUCAGAUGCCGAAGACCUCUGUGUGGAAAACGCGCGUUGGAACGCAAAUUUUGAUGGGUAAAAUCACCGACAUCACUCAAAUUGGAAUUGAUAGAAUUCCAUGUGCUCAAGUAAGAUGUCAGAUGAACGAAUUCAACAUCUAUCUGAAGAAAUAUUUCGCCCGAUCGUUCGACUUCUGGGCUCUCGACAAAACAUCACUUGGAAACAUCGGAGAUACAGUGCUCAUCAAGCAGAUCGAUGGUUCUUCCCGCCCAAAGGCCAACGUCUCUCAUGCUGUUGACCGUGUAGUGUUUAAAUUCGGAAACAUUGUCGAUCCAGUCACAGGACGCAAAAUAUUCAACGACACAUUCGCCGAUGAGAUUGAUUUGAAGAAGGUUUUAGUGGAAGAAGUUGUGGAUAAACCAUUAGAAGAAGAAUCAAUGCUAUUUGAAGAGAGAAGAGCCCUACAGAUCAGAAGAUUAGAACAGGAAAAAGAGGCAAAUGUGUAGUUUUUGAAUGUUCUGAAUUUAGACGUUUGAUCUGUUUUUACUUUUUGGGAAUAGUUAGUUCGUUGUUGUUUAUUGUUUGUCGAUAUUUACAUUCAAAAAUGAAAUGUUUCU